CUGGGCUGAGGUGGCUUCCUCUCUCCUCCAAGAGGACUAGUUCCUCCCUUUCUGACUUCGAGGACUAACCUCGUCUUUUGACUUCGAGAACCAAAUUCCUGGCUUUCUCAUUUCCAGGACCAUCUCGCUUUCUACCUUCGUAAACCCAUAUCUCCUCUCUGCCUUCAAGGCAGAUUUCCUCACUUCAGAACGACCGCAACUGACUAGCUCGUUUGCGUUGUCUAAAAAUUUCUUUUCUCAAUUUUGGAAGUCCGUGUUGUUCAACCGAGUCAGGUUUCUCGUCAACAUAGACAAAGAAUCCCCUGGAACGGUUAGUUAAAUACAGCCAAAGGAGCCCUGCAAAGGUACCUGAUACACCAGUCUUUCCAAACCUUCCUAAAUUCCGCAGGAGCAGCCCAGUUUGGUGACCAGUUGCCUGAAAGGUUUCUUGGAAAAAGCUCAGAGACGGAAGUUAAUUUGUCACGUUCAAGAACGGAAGACCAGCAAAGAAUUUUCUGAUUUCCUGUGAGGAAUCAUCUCAUUUCUGACCUUCAACAGCUAAACCCAGAAUGGAGGAUGCGCAGCUCUACGUGUCAGCCAACGGACUGCAGCGAAGGGAUGCCCUUCUGGUACUCUCGGAGUACUUACCACAGAUGGAGUGGAAGGAGGACGGAGAGACAGUACUCGACGUAGGUUGUGGCUCAGGUGACGUGACGAGGAACCUGCUGGUUCCCCUGCUGCCCCAGGUGAAACAGGUGGUGGGAGUGGACUUGUCUCAGGAGAUGGUCACCUACGCCUCAAAGACCUUCCAUCACGACUCCAUCAACUUCCAUCAACUGGACAUAGAAAGAGCAGUACAACCACGCCAGGUGUUCCCUGAUGGUUUUACCAAGGUGUUUUCCUUCUACUGCCUACACUGGGUCCAGGAACAAAGGUCGUGCCUCAACAACAUCUACCAGCUCCUACAGCCUGGAGGCGAAGCCUUGCUGGUCUUCCUCGCUAAGAACCCACUCUUCACUAUGUACCAGAACAUGAGUCUUAAGACCCGCUGGCAGCAGUACAUGAAGGACGUGAAAAGCUAUAUUUCCGUGUACCAAGACAAGACUGACCCAGCCCAGGUCAUGGCUGACCUGGCUGAAGACGUGGGAUUCCAGAUUCUUUCCUGUGAGGCCCCAGAGCUGGAGUUUGUCUUCGAUAACAUUAACUAUCUGAAGAAUGCGAUCAAGGCUGUCAAUCCCUUCGUGAAGAGGAUCCCGAAGGAGGAUCAAGAGGCCUUCCUGAAGGAGUGCCUGGCGGAGCUGGUUCUCCUUCAGGGAUGCCAGCAAGAGGAC